UGGUGACUCGAAUGCACAGCCGAAGUUGAGGGAACGGAAUCAGAGGAACAACCCCAUUCAAAAUGCUAACAAGUACGUUGUACGAAAUCCUAAUAAUAUGGUUUCCUGUGGUCUGUUGCCUGGCCAUAUUCCUUGUCCGCAGGGUUCUCUGGCCGACAGUCCUAGGCUUGCGAGAGCCCCCUACUCUACGGCCAAAGAUACCUCUCAUAGGUCAUUUGAUUGAUCUAAUUCAGAUGGGAUACAACCAGCAUGUCAAGAACCAGUAAGUCUUGACUCUUAGGCCAUUCAGCCCGAAAGUUCAGCAAAUGAUCAAGCUGGACGAGCAACUAAGGUACACCUGCAUAGUGGGCUGACAAGUUACUACCUAGUGAGAAGUUCAACAUGACGGCAU